UUCCAGCUCAACGUACUGCAAUGCAAUGCAGUAGCGCGUGCAACUCCACGAUGAAGGGCUGGUCAGUCUUGCAGCUUUUCCCCUGUGUUCUUCUCCUCACCUUCUCGUUGGCCGAGUCGGCGGCCCUGCGCGCCGAUCUUACGCACGUCGACAGCGGCCGCGGCUUCACCAAGCACGAGCUUCUCCGCCGGAUGGUCGCCCGGUCCAAGGCUCGCCUCGCCAGCCUACGCUCCUCCGCCUGCGACCCGGCGCUGACCGCGCCGGUAGACCACGGCGGGUCGGACGACGUCGGUUCUUCCGAGUACCUCAUCCACUUGGGCAUCGGCACGCCGCGCCCGCAGCGCGUGGUGCUCCAUCUGGACACCGGCAGCGACCUCGUCUGGACGCAGUGCGCCUGCACGGUAUGCUUCGACCAGCCAGUCCCGGUUUUCCGCGCCUCCGUUUCCAACACCUUCAGCCGUGUCCCGUGCUCCGACCCUCUCUGCGGGCACGCCGUGUACCUCCCGCUCUCCGGGUGCGCCGCCAGAGACAGGUCAUGCUUCUAUGCAUACGGCUACAUGAACCAUUCGAUCACGACGGGCAAGAUGGCCGAGGACACUUUCACAUUCAAGGCGCCCGACCGGGCGGACACUGCUGCGGCCGUGCCUAACAUCCGCUUUGGUUGUGGCAUGAUGAACAACGGCCUCUUCACCCCGAAUCAGUCCGGCAUCGCCGGUUUCGGCACCGGCCCGUUGUCGCUGCCGUCGCAGCUCAAGGUCCGUAGGUUCUCCUACUGCUUCACGGCCAUGGAAGAGUCGACGGUCAGCCCGGUGUUCCUUGGCGGCGAGCCGGAAAACCUUGAAGCGCAUGCCACGGGGCCCAUUCAGUCCACCCCGUUCGCCCCAGGCCCUGCCGGUGCGCCUGUGGGCAGCCAACCAUUCUACUUCCUUUCCCUCCGAGGCGUCACCGUCGGCGAGACGCGGCUGCCGUUCAACGCUUCUACGUUCGCACUCAAGAGCGAUGGCUCUGGCGGGACGGUCAUCGACUCCGGCACGGCCAUCACAUCCUUCCCGCAGGCCGUGUUCCGGAGCCUCCGGGAGGCGUUCGUGGCGCAGGUACCGCUACCUGUCGCCACAGGGUACACCGACGGCAGGCUGUGCUUCUCCGUUCCGGCGAAGAAGAAGGCGCCUGACAUGCCGAAGCUGAUCCUCCAUCUGGAGGGUGCAGACUGGGAGCUUCCACGGGACAACUACGUGCUGGAUAACGACGACGACGGCAGCGGCGCGGGCAGGGAGCUGUGCGUCGUCAUACUUUCUGCAGGCAACAGCAACGGGACGAUCAUCGGCAACUUCCAGCAGCAGAACAUGCACAUAGUCUACGACCUGGAGAGCAACAAGAUGGUCUUCGCGCCUGCGCGUUGCGACAAGCUGUAACUGUACUGUGUACGUUCUAGGGACAACGAACAGCCUUGUUUCUGCGUCCUAGUACUAAAUAAAGAACGUGCAUUGAUUUGGUAAAAUCAUUGCCGGCUUGAUCUUUGA